CCACGGCUGCAAUUUUCAGAAAAUAAUCGUAAAACCUAAAUCCAUAAUCAGUUGGUGGAUUCCAAGACUGUUGAAGAUGAUGAUGGCUUUACAGUGUAACCCGCUUCUCCAAUUAUCCCAUAAAUUUAACAAAACAACAUCAAGAUACCAUUUCAGCCCAUUAAUUUCAAACACCCAUUUCCUCUCCAUACGGAAAGAUCCAUUGUUUAUCACUCCCAAGCUCUCAAACACCAGGGUUGUUUCUGCUUUGAUUUCUGAAGAGAAAGUAGCGGAAUCGAGCUUUUCCGGCACUGAUGCGUUCAAGCUAACUUAUUUGGAGGGCAAUAGUUGGUUAUGGGAGGUGGGAGGAGUGAAGAUUCUAGUUGACCCGAUAUUAGUUGGUAACUUGGAUUUUGGAAUACCUUGGCUUUAUGAUGCUAGCAAGAAAUAUUUGAAGAACUUCCAGCUUACCGAUCUUCCUGAAGUUAAUUGCUUAUUGAUCACACAAAGCCUUGAUGAUCAUUGCCAUUUGAAGACAUUGAAACCGCUUUCACAAAAGUUACCGAAUCUUAAAGUAAUAGCUACUCCGAAUGCAAAGACACUCUUGGAUCCUCUAUUCAACAAUGUCAUAUACUUAGAACCUGGCGAAAACUCUGAAAUUCAAACGAGUGAAGGUUCUUAUGUUAAAGUGCGGGCAACUGCAGGGCCUGUUCUUGGACCUCCUUGGCAACGCCCUGAAAAUGGGUACAUUGUCACUUCUCCGAGACAAAAACUUUGUCUUUACUACGAACCACAUUGUGUCUACAACGAUGAGAUCAUUGGAAAGGAACAGGCUGAUAUCGUCAUUACACCUGUUAUCAAGCAGCUUUUGCCGAGUUUCACUUUGGUGUCUGGACAGGAAGAUGCUGUUCGACUUGCAAGGCUGCUUCGUUCCAAAUUUGUCGUGCCAAUGAAAAACGGAGACCUUGAUAGCAAAGGCGCUCUUGCAAGUCUAGUCCGGUCUGAUGGAACCUUGGAAUCGUUCAAGGAGCUUUUAUCGAAGGAUCUACCCGAUGCAAAGAUACUCGAACCCGUCCCUGGUGUACCCCUCGAUAUAUCACCAUCUUAGGCGUUAUGUUAACAUUACUUGUGUUUUCUAAUCGCUUUGUAGAUUACUUUCACCGUUGCUGGUGGUCAUAGAUUUUACACUUGUAUACGUAGAGAGGCUAUGUUUGUAAACUCUAGCAUUCCCUGUAUAUAUCUAUAUAUUUAUAUUUAUAUUUAUAUGUCCGUUAA